AUGGGUAUCUACAAGCAGCUGCCACCUGAACUACGGGAAGUCGAUGUUAUCAUCGCUGGAGGCGGCACCACGGCGUGUGUCAUUGCAUCACGUCUAUCCGACGCAGAUCCUGGACUCUCAAUCCUCGUUGUAGAAUCCGGUCCUGAUAAUUACAAUGAACCAGGCAUCGUCCACCCUGGCUUAUUCCUGGGAAAUCUUCUACCCACCAGCAAAAACAACACUUUCCACAUGGCCAAAGCAUCUGACGAUAUUGCUCAACGGCCGCUGCCGGUGCCUGCUGGAAGAGUCCUUGGCGGCGGUUCAAGCAUAAAUACCAUGGCAUAUGCUCGUGGCCAAGUCUCGGAUUAUGACAGCUGGGACAGUCCCGGCUGGUCGACCGACGAGCUUCGUCCCUAUUUGAACAAGUUCGAAACAUACCAAGGUGAUGGUGUACAGGAGCACCAUGGCACAUACGGUCCAAUCCAUGUAUCCGAAGGCUCGCACAGAUACAAUAAAGCAUUGAAUGACUUUCUGAGCACUACCGAAGAAUUGGGAUGGAGUCAAAACAAGGAUCUUCAAAGUACUCAAGCCGGUGCUAUCGAUGGUGUACAAAAGUCUUUGCGCUACGUUUCUAAAGAUGGAAAGCGCCAGGAUGCUGCGCAUUGCUAUCUGCAUCCGAGAUUGCGCGAUGGAAAGCAUCCGAAUUUACACGUGGCAGUCGAAACCGAAGUCGUGCGCGUUAUCUUUGAAGAAAAGUCUGCCGUCGGUGUCGUUUGCCAGCCAAACCCUGAGUUUUCUUCAGGGCAAGAAACAACUGUCAAGGCUAGAAAACUAGUCAUCGUUUCUUGCGGAGCGUUCGGAUCUCCGACUUUACUCGAGCGAUCAGGUGUUGGUCAAGCCGCCUUGCUCAAGCAGUUUGGUAUACCAGUAGUGGAAGGUCUUCCGGGCGUUGGAGAGGGUUACGAAGACCACCAAGCUAUGAACUACGCCUACAAAACCAGCCUUGAACCCGAGGAGACUAGCGACGCGGUUGUCUUUGGAUACACGGAUCCUCAGAAGCUGAUAGCGGAGAACGCGCCAGUUCUUGGUCACAAUGGUCAAGAGGCAGGCCUCAAGAUUCGUCCCACUGAUGAAGAGGUAUCAAGUCUAGGACCAGAGUUCCAGAAGGCUUGGGAUUUUUAUUUUAAGGAAAAGCUUGAUAAGCCACUUGCUUUGAUGGCGUUUAUUACCUGCUUUCCAGGAUACGAUCCUGAAAUGCAGCGAGAACAGUACCUCGGCAUGUCUGUCUUUACCUCGUACCCUUUUUCACGCGGGCAUGUUCAUAUUGGGGGCAAGUCCCCUUCUGAUCCUGUUGACUUUGAUGCUGGAUUCUUGGCAGACACAGACGCUAUUGACGUCAAGAAGCAUAUCUGGGGCUACAAGAAACAAAGGGAAGUAAUGCGCCGAAUGGACUGUUACAGAGGUGAGUUUGCAUCUUGGCACCCGCCCUUUCCAGCCACGUCCGAAGCAGCAUGUGUCGAAGUGACGGAACCAUUGGGAAAGAACGUUCCGCCAAUUCGGUACAGCAGCGAAGAUGAUGCUGUUAUUGAACAGUUUGUUCGCGAGAAGGUCGGGUCUUUGUGGCAUAGCAUGGGGACGUGCAAGAUGGCUUCCAGGAACAAGAAUGGAGUGGUUGAUGAGAGGCUUGGGGUUCAUGGGUUGAAAAGGCUGAAGGUUGCUGAUAUGAGCAUUACGCCUGGAAACGUGGGUGCUAAUACUGCCAGUACGGCGUAUGCGAUUGGCGAGAAGGCAGCCGAUUUGUUCAUUGAGGAGCUUGGACUGCUUUGA